AUACGGGAACUUACACAUGGCUACGAAGUUGUCUGGUAAGAUUGCCAUUAUUACUGGUGCGGCAGGUGAUAUAGGACGAGCGUCAGCUAUGCGACUUGCCCGUGACGGUUGCAAUUUGGUUCUAGUGGAUCUAGCUGGGACUGACUUGGAAUCUGUAAAACAGGAGGUGGAGUCGAAUGGAGCAACUUGCCUAGCAAUACGUGCCGACGUUACAAAAUCAGAUGAUGUCCAAGAUUUCGUAUCACGAGCAGUUCGCAGGUUUGGAAAAAUUGAUUUAUUGUUCAACAACGCUGGUGUGCAAGGAUGCUUCACUCCGACAAACGACUAUCCAGAAGAGGAUUUCAGUAAGGUGAUUAAGGUUAACGUGGAAGGAGUCUUCCUUUGCCUUAAAUACACAUCUCAAGCAAUGGUAAAGUCAGGACAAGGUGUUAUUGUCAACACUGCAAGUCUUGCUGGAAUGAUUGGACCACAGAACAUGUUGGCGUACUCUGCGUCAAAGCAUGCAGUAGUGGGAAUGACUAAAACAGCCGCCAAAGAUCUGGCCCCAUAUAACAUACGCGUGUGUGCAAUAUCCCCAGGCCUGGUAGAAGGUAAAAUGUGGAAAACCCAAGUAGCUGGCCAAGCUCAAUGUAAGCAAGGUGAUGAUGCAGGGACAAUCAAUUUAGAACAAAUGAAGGAUCGCAUGUUGAGUGGGAUUCCAAUGAAACGACUUGGAAGAUUAGAUGAGAUAGCAUCGGUUGUAGCAUUUUUAUUCAGUGAUGAUGCAUCUUAUCUAACAGGAACAGUUAUCCCAAUUGAUGGAGGACGGCUGCAGUAAACAAUACUACGCUUAUCUGUGCUACAAAGCAGCAUCUAAAGGCAUAGCUGGUUGUGUUGGUGAUAAUGGUUUAGCAAGAAAUUCUGAAAAUUUGA